AAAACUAUGAUUAUAAUAACAGAGAAUAGAUAAUAAACAAAGAAACUCAAAACUGACGCGACUUUGGAUCAUAGAGUUUUUCAUCAUUUACAUUCCUCAUCUUCCCACUGUGUCGGUUUCAAUCAGAUCAGUCCCUGUGUCUCUCUCCUGAUCAUCAGAAAAUGCAUUCCAAUCACUUGCUCCUUGAGGAGCCCAUAAGAAUGGCCUCAAUUCUCGAGCCAUCAAAGCCUAGUUUCUUUCCUGCAAUGACGAAGAUUGUUGGAACGCUUGGUCCAAAAUCACGAUCUGUUGAGAUCAUUUCUGGCUGUUUGAAGGCAGGAAUGUCUGUGGCAAGGUUCGAUUUCUCAUUGGGUGAUACUGAAUUUCACCAAGAGACACUGGAAAACUUAAGGACAGCUGUCAAGAAUACCAAGAAGCUCUGUGCAGUAAUGCUAGAUACUGGGGGUCCAGAACUGCAAGUUGUCAACAAAACUGAGCACCCCAUAUCCCUUCAAGCUGAUACAUUGGUCAUCCUGACACCUGAUCAAGAAAAAGAAGCUACUUCAAAUCUCUUACCCAUAAACUUUAGUGGGUUAUCAAAGGCAGUGAAGAAGGGAGACACUAUAUUUAUUGGUCAAUACCUCUUUACAGGGAAUGAAACUACUUCAGUAUGGCUGGAGGUCUCUGAGGUGAAUGGUGAUGAUGUGGUUUGCUUGAUAAAGAAUUCUGCUACCUUGUCUGGGUCGCUGUACACUUUGCAUGUCUCCCAAAUUCAUAUUGAUCUACCUACACUCACUGAUAAAGAUAAGGAGGUUAUAAGGACAUGGGGUGCUAGAAACAAUAUAGACUUCCUCUCGUUGUCGAUUACACGGCAUGCAGAAGAUAUUCGCCAUGCCCGGGAAUUUAUUUCUAAAUUAGGUGGCCUCCAUCAAACUCAAAUUUUUGCAAAGAUUGAAAACGUAGAGGGGUUGACUCAUUUUGAUGAGAUCCUAAAAGAAGCAGAUGGUAUCAUUAUCUCGCGUGGGAACUUGGGGAUAGAUCUCCCACCAGAGAAGGUGUUUCUAUUUCAAAAGGCUGCUGUUUACAAGUGCAACAUGGCUGGAAAGCCAGCAGUGGUUACUCGUGUUGUGGACAGUAUGACUGACAACCUGAGACCUACUCGUGCUGAAGCAACAGAUGUUGCCAAUGCAGUAUUGGAUGGGAGUGAUGCGAUUCUUCUAGGUGCAGAGACCCUGCGGGGAUUGUACCCAGUAGAGACCAUUUCUAUUGUUGGAAAGAUUUCUGCAGAGGCAGAGAAGGUUUUCAAUCACGACCUAUACUACAAGAAUACUGUCAAAUAUGUUGGAGAGCCAAUGACCCACUUGGAAUCUAUUGCUUCCUCUGCGGUUCGUGCAGCCAUCAAGGUGAAGGCCUCUGUAAUUAUUUGCUUCACUUCAUCUGGAAGAGCUGCAAGGUUAAUUGCAAAAUACAGGCCAACAAUGCCUGUCUUGUCUGUUGUCAUCCCUCGGCUUCAAACAAAUCAACUCUGCUGGACUUUUACUGGUGCUUUUGAGGCAAGGCAAUCACUAAUUGUUAGAGGCCUUUUUCCCAUGCUUGCAGAUCCUCGUCAUCCGGCUGAGUCAACAAAUGCAGCAAACGAAUCGGUUCUAAAAGUUGCUUUGGAUCAUGGCAAGGCGUCUGGUGUCAUAAAGCCUCAUGAUCGUGUAGUUGUCUUCCAGAAAGUUGGUGAUGCGUCUGUUGUGAAGAUCAUUGAGCUUGAAGAUUAGAACUGCUCUGGCAUUUUUUUCCGAGUAUAUUUUUAUUUGGAGUUCUCUACUGCUUGCCAUUUCGUGUUUAAAAAAUAAGCAAAAGAUAUGUGCAAGACGUUUUACACUAAGACAGACGGCAGUUCUUACUCUUUUGCUCAACUUAGUUGAAGUCAUCAAACCUUAUCUUUUCUGUGUAGUACACAUAUCUACAUGUUCUUGAAGGAAGCUGUUGUGAAUUCAACUCUUUUAUUUUGGGUUGCUAUGUAAAAGUUGUAGGGGGCGACCAAGUCUGUAUAAGACCAUAGUAGCACCCAUCUGUUGAGUGCUGGGAAUUCAUCUCUUUUUACAUGCAGAUUUUACUCCAUGGUUACCAAUGCUAGGGCCUAUAUAGUUGGAGUUGCCAUCAUAUACAGUUUUGAUUGCAUAAAAAUUGUUCUGAGGAUUAUUGUUUAAGCAUGAAUGACUGGUUGACCUAA